AUGGCUCGCCAGGGUGUCCAUGCCGCCGUGCUAGCCGUGCCCUGCCCCUGCGCCGCGCUUAAGAAGGAGGCGAGCCUGCGCACGGCUCCUCGCUCGCGUUCACGCCCUCUCUGCUCAGUUCCCCUGCCCGCACUCUAUGUGUUCGUCGCUGCAGCAAGCGCCAUGGCUGACUUAUCGAUCCGUUGCCGCCUCGCCGCAGCCGUGAUACAUGUAGGAGUGCAGCUCCCGCGGCGAGAAGCGCAUUGGUGA